AUGCUCGCUUCUACUAAAACCGUCCCGCCCCCGGCAUCGACAAAUCUCUACUUCGAGCCUCUGUCUGAUCGCCCUACUCUUGGUAAGCCUAGCGAAGGAGCAUUCAAGAAGCAUAAGGUACUUCCGCAUCCUAGAAAUGGUCGGCCUGAGUCGACGGUUAGGAAUCGACAUUCUCGUGACCUGUCUAUCGAUCUAACGUCAAUCCUGGAGUCGCAUGUCAAGGAAGAAGAAUCAUCUGCUCCACCGAGCCUGAGCCACGACGAGAGUCCUAGUGUCAAAGCGCCUGGGCUUGGUCCUGUUCUUCCUCCCACCCCACCGGCGCAUUCGCGCAUCUCAUCUGGUAAUCACUUAAUCCAGCCCUCGAGUCCAACAUACGUCGGCACUCCGGUGCAAAACGCUGCCAACACCUCUGUGAGUACAACGCCGAGAACUCCACCGCAUCAAGCGAGUCCGCCUACUCCAGACGUCACCCCUCCCCAAGCCGAGCGUCGAUCGAGACCUCCACCCCCCGUUCUAGCGGAUCGCAUUCCAUCCAAGGCUACAGGUUCUCGUUCGGAGUCUUUCACAACAGCACGAGAGAAUAUAGAUUCUUCAGAGGAAGAUGACAAGUUGACGCCCCGGGCGGUAUUGUCCUCAACUAAGACGGCUCAGGUUGUAGCAAGACGUUUGAUUGACGCGCGGCAGAAGAAAGGCCCGGAAGUAGGGCUAGGGUUAGGUCUCGAGUCGGACGAUAAUCUGACACCAAGGACGAAAGGAGAAUUUUCAGCUUUUGACGGUGAAUGGGGAUCUGCCAGCUCGAUUGAGCAGGAAUGGGACCAUAAAUAUGAGAGGAAUGUCAAAGUGGAGAAGCGACGUGUCCAAGCGAGAGUUAAUGGGUCAAAAGCAGAAGUGGUUGAGGACGUGACAGUGACUCCGACCAACGCAACAAAGGCUCUAAGGUCGAUGCCCCUAUCGGAUCGAUUGCAUACGCAUCCCUCACCACCGGUGGAAUCUGCAAGCAAGGAAAAGGGUUGGACCGCACCAUCUACUUCCGAGUCCUCGGUAAGCACCGAUGUUAAGCGGUCCUCCGGCAUGUCCUCGAAGUCUACGGCAUCUACAGUGGUGGAAGCUAUUUUAGUUGGGACUCCUCCUCAGAGGCGCAAAACGUUGCGACACGUCAGGAAGCAACCGGCUCUAAGGGAUUCUAGCUCCGAGAUUUCACCGUCAAGCUCCUCAGCGAAUACAUCAUUGAACACGUCGCUUCGCCAGACGGAAAUUUCUCAGCGCGCAAGAGCUGCUAGGACGGUAAUUGAUGGUACUGUCCGGUCAGAAAGCCUCGCGUCUACAGGUACGGUCAACUCUAUUGCUAGCCGUAAAGCCCGGCGGGAAGUAUGGAAGAAUGGAGGAAUUCCCGUCGUGGUCAUUCCUGAACGCAGAACUUCUAUCAAGGCCACCGGGCCGACAUCGCUUAGGUCUACAGGUAGUCACCACUCUAGGAGAAGCAAUAGUCUUAGUUCAGCACCACUGUCAAGUUAUAAAACGAAGGACCUAACGCCUUAUUUUAACAAACCUUCCCGAAGGGGCAGAUCGAUGUCGGAAUCGGAAGGGUUAGUUCAGGUGGAAGAAUUAACGAUGGAUUACCCCCCAAUCGUUCCCAUGCGUAGAUCAUCUCUUUCGGCCCCGACUAGCAGGAAUGGAUCCAGGGCUGGUUCUCGAGCUGGAUCGUUAACUGCAGAGAGCUUGAAGGCGCAUGAUGCUUUCUUGGAACAGGAGAGCAAACAGCAGCAGCAACAUCGCCAAUUGCCUCAGGUUACAGUGGAACGUGCACCUCCCGUCGAAUAUAUGAGCAGUCAUCCCGAUCAGAGACAAUUUGAACCGACUCCAUCCGUCGAGUCACACAGGGAUGCUCCCCACGACCACAAACCGCUUGUAGAUAAUAACGGGGACCCGUUCUUCGGCAAGCGCCUCACUGCACACAACACCCCAUUUUCCCAAGCAUCCGUCGAGACAAACGGGACUCACUCUGUGGCAGACAUAUCGGAAGCCAUGGCUGUGAGUAUUUACCCGCACCAAAACAAAUCCGUUUUGAUGGUUCAUCAUAUGUCGAAACCCGUAGAUCCUGCCCUCGCCGCAAACGCGUUACAAGGGCCAGAAUUUGCCCAGACGGGAUAUGCUACGGAAACGGGGAAAGUUUUAGACAAUCCUAAGAUUAUAGCUACUGGUCCCGAUGGUGUACCUGCGACGCCUCCCCAACAUCAAUUCUCGAUGGAUGAUGUGGAUUCACCUCUUAGAAAUCCGCGUGCUCCCCCCGAACCGCCAACGAUCAAGUUCAUACCAGCUACGCCGUCUGGACUUACACCUGCCGCUGAAAAAGAAAAGAUGCUGGGUAAUUACUUCGAGGAGACUCAAAAGCGACCUUCCUUGGUACGUCGCGCCUUUAGUCUUCACAAGAACGCCGACAAUGUUCGUCCAUCUGGGUUCUUAUCGCGGACUCUGUCUCUUUCAAAAGGAAUUAAGAGAGAAAUUACAGAAAACCCAACCCUUGAUAAGAAUAGAAAUACUACAAGGCAGCCAUACCCGACGGCUGAAGACCCGCCGCCUGACGAGUCAAAAUUGCAUCCAUUCUGGCGACCUACGUUUGAUGAUGACCUCGAAGAAUACGACUAUGACAAUUGGGCACAUGAUGUUCCUGCAGAAGUGGAUACGCUUUAUAGAUAUCCCCCAAUUGACCGUCGUCCGGCUCGUCGUAGGAGCUUGAGCGAACGAAUGAAGCGUACAUUCGCUAUAUUACCCAUCGAAGACGAGGAUCAUUACACAGUCCCCACUCAGCGUAGUCCAGAACGUCGCACCGUCAAGCGUACACCGAGUGGCAGACUCCGCGUAAUGAAACACCGUGAUAGCUACAGCACUCUGGAGCUGGAGUGGAACAGCCGUCGCAAUUCUCGUGAAAAUGAAGCUGAAGGUCGGCCGUCUACCGCGCCCGACCAGCAGGCCCGGCGUGCUUGGGGUGCUGAGAAACGAGUCGACGACCGAGGGCGCAGACUCUUCCCUAACUGGCAGGAUAAGUUGGAGCAAUACAGACCGCAGAACUUACAGCGCAGAUUAAGUGAACAUCGCCGGCAGAAGCGCACGGAGGUUCUGCGGCAGAAAAUAAGCGGUCCGCGCGAAGUCCGAGAUGGCGUAGGCGAAGUCAUCAAACGCAACAGUUAUAAGGGGCCUUCAUACCAGACUACUUUCGCGCCAAAUGGGAAGGCGAACGGGACAACACACUACCAGCGACACCAAACACAGGCGCAUCAGCACCGCAGAUCCGUCUACAUCUGA